UUUUAAUAAAUAAAAUUGUGUAAUAUAUUCUAUAAUAUUUUAUUUGUCAAAUCAAUUUUUGAUUAAAUAUUAACGUAAGAAAAGCGUAUCGAAAUGGUAAAUGAAACAAAAUUUUGGAAUGAAAUCCGGAAGGACUUAUCAGGACAUAAAAAAAAGAAACCCAGAGUUGUUCCUGCUUUUACUAUUCAAGCUUUACAGGAAAACACUAUAGUUGAAAAGCCUCCUCGAUAUGAAUUAUAUAAACCACAACCACCUAAACCAUCAACUUUUCGAAAAUUUUAUGAAUGGGGUGUAUUUCCAGUUGCAUUGGAAAAGGAUAGUUACGGCAUAAAACUUAGCUGGAAAGUUAAUAUCGAAGAUUUAGAUUUUCAUCAUUAUUUGCCAUUAUUUUUUGAUGGAUUAACAGAAACUGAACAACCAAUUAAGUUCAUAGUAGAACAAGGAAUAUCUGAUAUGUUAGAACAUGGUGGUCCUAAAAUUUUACCUGUUGUGCCACAAUUAAUAAUUCCCAUUAAAAAAGCCUUAAAUACAAAAAUGCCAGAAGUUAUAUGUGCAACACUGAGAGCUAUUCAACAUCUUGUACGUUCAGCAGAUUGUGUUGGAGAAGCUUUAGUACCAUACUUUAGACAAAUCUUACCAGUACUUAAUUUAUUAAAAGAUAGAAAUGUGAAUCUUGGAGAAGGUAUUGAUUACUCACAACAAAGAGGUGAAAACGUCGCAGAUAUAAUACAAGAAACUCUUGCAUUGCUUGAAAUAUAUGGAGAACUACCAUAUGUCGACUUGCAGUUAAAUUUAAAACAUCUCUAACAGAUGCUUCUAAAACGGCUGGAUCAAUAAUUGCUUGAGCACCAGUUAUACCCAUCUGUGCAC